GAAGAAACAAAACAUCCGGUUUACCCGGAAGUAAGUUUCCCACCGUAGAACUAGGUGGACAUCAGUCUGUUAAACUGUCUGCUAGUCUAUCUCGCGGUUACCGGAGGCUGGAGAAAUGAUGGAGACGGGUUCGAGCAGCCACGGCGCCCCCCCCCUCCCCCUGUCGUCCCUCCGCCUCCUGGUCUCCCCGCUGCGCCUCCUAUUGGCCGCCGCCUGGCAGGUGGUCCAUCAGCGCCGCGUGCUGUGCUACGACGCGCUGGCCGAGCUCGUGGCCGUCGUCACGGAGACGGUGCCCGAGCUGCUGGCGCCGAGCCAGAGGGCGGAGCUAGUCCUUGGGCUGAGGGCGAGGCUCAUCCUGGAGCUCUGCAAGGCCGACGGGCCGCCCGACCUCGUCAGGAUCCAGGCCAACCUGGAGAAGAUCCACGCCUGCAGCGCCCAGCUGGGCUCCCUCAACCAGGAGGGCGGGGUGAAGACCCUGGAGGCGUCGGCCAUCGCCUUCUCCCAGCUGGUCCUCCGGCUGAUCAGCGUCCCCUCGGAGAAGGAGAUCUUCCUCAAGGAGGUGUUCCCCGUGACGUACGGCCGGGUCUACGACCAGACCCUCAGGCGGCUGCUGGCCGAGUUCCUCUCCAGACUGGAGCAGCUGCUGCCCAACCCCACCCUCACCCAGACGGCGGCCUGGCUCCCUGACGGCCCCUCCGGACCAGAGUUCAGCCGCUGGCUGCCGGACCCCUCCCCCCUGGAGACGCUGCUGCUGCACCACCGGGGGCUGGGAGCCCUGGGCCACGGCCCGCCCCGCUAUGAGGAGGUGAACACCAUCAUGGCCGCGCUGGCACUGCCCCCCCCUGCCCGCGGCCCCCGACCGGAGGAGGGCCAGGACAGCGGGGACGGAGACGGAGACGGGGACGUCCUUUGCGGGGAGGAGGAGUCCCGGGACAGCUCAACGCGACCCAGCCGUAAGGAGCCGCCCACCAAACCGACAGGCCACAGGCGGUCCCCCCGUCGCCAGCCCGCCUUCAAGAUGCUGAAGAUCCAACUCCAAAAGAUCAGCCCCCCUAACAUCCCCCGAUUGACCAAACCCCCCAUCCCCCCCUCUACAGGACCCCCCACCCCUCCCUCUACAGAACCCCCCAUCCCCCCCUCUACAGAACCCCCCAUCCCCCCCUCUACAGAACCCCCCAUCCCAGAACCGGGGCGUCCCGUCCCCAAGCCCCGGGGGCGCCCCCCAGGCAGGAGGAAGGCCGUGGACGGCGCGACCCGGGAGGGGCCGAGAAAGGAGAACGCCGAUAGGGCGGCGGCCACGCCCGCCCCAACGAAGAGGAAGAGGCGGAAAGGCGUUGAGGAGGAAGAGCGGAUCGAGGAGGAGGAGGAGGAGGAGAGGGAGGAGGUCGACGAAGCGGAAGAAGGGGCGGAGCAGCCCCCCGCCGACAAGCCCAAGGGGCGAGACCGGCGGUUCCUGAGCGCGCGGCCGGAGAACCCGCCCCACACGGAGGCGGAGACGCGGUGCCCGCGCUGCGGCAAGAGCUUCCUUCGGCCCAACCAGCUGAAGACGCACCUGAAGCUCCACGCGCUGCCCUACCGCUGCCUGCCCUGCGAGAAGGGCUUCGGCAGCAAGUCGGGCUACUACCAGCAUCAGCGGCUGCACAGGAAGGGGCGGGCCUUCCCCUGCGGCCACUGCCCGCUCAGCUUCCUGUGCCGCUACUCCCUGCGGCAGCACGAGCGGACGCACACCGAGGGCCCCACCCACCUCUGCCCAGAGUGCGGCAAGCGCUUCAGCAAGGUGAGCAUGGUGCGGCACAUGCGCAUGCACGCCGGCCAGAAGGACUUCCUGUGCCCGGCGUGCGGCAAGAGCUUCCUGUCGUCGGGGGAGCUGCUGCUGCACACGCGCACGCACACGCGCGACACGCCCUACACGUGCACGCUCUGCGGGAAGGGCUUCACCACCAAGAGCCACCUGGUGGUGCACGGCCGCUCGCACUCGGGCGAGAGGCCGUACCCGUGCGCGGUCUGCCCCAAGAGGUUCAUCACGGUCAGCUGCCUGAAGAGGCACAUGCUGAGCCACGACGGGGUCAAGCCCUUCAGCUGCCCCCGCUGCCCCAAGGAGUUCUCCCAGAUCGGGAACCUGAGGAGGCACAUGGGCACCCACCCGCCGCCGCCGCCCCCGCCCCCGCACGAGGAGGUGACGGGAGACACGUGAGCACCUGCCAUCUCCGUCAGAGCACCCUAUGGGAGACCCGUGAGCAACCCCCUGCUCCCGAAAGAGCAGCUUAUGGAGACACAAGACCACCCAGUGGGUGCCACCCAGCCAUCAACAGCAGGAGAGCCCCCCCCCCCCCCCCCCCUGGAGUCGGACCCCCCCACAGGGUCCACUGAUAUGCCAAUGAGGACACGUGAAGGACUGGGUAUCGCUACUGGAAUCGAAUCACUAAACGUUUCGAUUCCGAUUCACAAGGUUCGGAUUUGACUUAAUAUCCGAUUCGAAAUCGAUUUGUUCAGGAAUAUUUCCGUUGCAAUAGCAAUUUUGCUUGGAUAUGAACUACAUUAUCAUAGGUCUAAUGCUGUACAUAGUACAAGGAACCCUCUAACCUGGGGCAUUAUUAAAAAUAUGAAUGUUUACAUUAAGAAUUGACCCCAAAGCAGUUACAUGAAUUUACUUUUUAUUAAACAUGACCAACAGCCUGACUUAUAUUAUAUAUUAUCUGUAUCUGUACAGAAAUCAAGUACUGUAACAAGGCAUGUAAUAAAUGGACAGGACAUAAUCUGAACUGAUCAGAGCAGCAUCCAGGGAUAGAUCGAGAUCCAUGAACAGGUUAUUAAAUCCUAUAGAUGAUGAA